AUACCGAAACCAUGUGCAAAGUUUCAUCCAAAUCGGAGAAGGUCGAGUCUGAUGAUCUGCUAAGCAUUUCUGGAAUUGCUCAUAAUCGAAACUCGAUGACAUUGAACUUUCUUCAUGCGGAGACGCACGAUAGUUAAUUAGGAACGACCAUGCACCUCCAUCGGAUACCCGCAUCACACGGCUUCAAAACAGACCAAAAGCGGCAGCGGAAAACAGUACGGGACCUGCCUGAGUGAGGCAAGCGGUGCUAGAUUUGCUAUAGAUAAUGUCGACCUCCGUUGCACACCAAUCAAAGCACUGCUCACCGAAGGAAGGAAGAAAGGAAGGAUAACCCGAUUGAACUCAUUUUAGCCAGAAACCGCAAAAAACAGACCGUUGUUGAUUUUGUUUAUUGUGAAAUUGCUCCCACAGCACAGCAACGGUGUGGAAACAACUCGAAAGUGGUGUUUAUAUAUAGUAGCCUGACAAAAGUAGUAAUAGUAUUAGUAUAAAACUACUGGAACUAAUAGUGGAACAAUCGAAAAAAUAGAAAAAAGUUUUACAAUCCGCUCACGCCAGCCAGUGCAGACAUACAUCAAGUCAGGAAAGUUAAAUCCUAAGGAUAGUGAGGUAGUGUGACCGAAAAGGCAACAUACAGAGAGGGCAUUGAUCCAAGUUCAAUCGGUGCUUGGUUAUGGACACGUGAAUACUGCCUGACUCAAUCGGGGAAGCAAGAAAGUAUACGGGCUGACAGUUUGUGAUGCGCGAAGAGUCGAAAUUACCAACAGCAGCAAGGCCGCGUCGAUGUCUAUCGUUUCAGUAACAGAAAGAAUGUACGGUCGGGUGUGUGUUCUUUUCCGAGAGGACUCCAGUGAGGAGCUUCCACCCGAGUGCCACCAGCCCGAGUGUAGCAGAUAGUGAAAUAUCGAGUAUAAAAUUUCGUACUCACCACGAACUGUUGUGCUGUGGAUCGGCCGCAAAGAUAUCCUGUUGGCGGUAAAUCUUCCAUCGCGACUCGACAGACAGUCUGACGACUGUCGUAGUGUUCAAGCGACUCACACAUAAACUACUGCUCCCCCCCGAAAAGGGGGACAAUCCCACAGAUUGAUUCGUUUUUCCAUAAAACCAGAAAAUGUCUACCAGUCGUUACCUAAACUGGUCGCGACCGUCGCCCGGUAGACAUCCGCUCCGGAAGCAGGUGUCCUGCUUCGAGUCGUUUUCAAGCGGUAGUGGAAGAAGUCUUUCGGUAAAUAACCUCUCUUCGGUGUCUGCAGACAAAAGUGUCGAUUUUGCCACUUUCGUAACGGCUGCCAUUAUUCACACAAAUCGUUUUCAAAAUUAUCCCACUUACCAUCAGGCUCGUCGCGGCGACGGAAGUGGCACACCGACCUUAUCGAAGGGAUCACCGAUUAUAACGUUAAAUCGUCGACCGGCUAGUGCCAACAUCACCACAUCUUCAUCGUCGUCCUUCUCGUCGUCAUCUUCAUCAUCGUCGUCGUCGUCCUCAACAGUGGAACCAUCAUCAUCUGGAAUGGCGCGAAAAAUGAAUGAAAACCGUAAAGUGUUCUCCAAGCAGCUUUCUUUGGACAAUACUGUGAUGACCGGAAGCGGACCGGUCGCUGGUCACGCCUGGGCUGCUUCCACGAGCGCUCGUGCUCCAUCGAUCGAAGGCUCCGGUUCGAAACCAAGCGAUUGCGAGCAAAACGAUCGGCAACAUCCUAAAACGGGAACAAUCUCCGGCAUCAAACUGCGACCAGCUGUAAAAAACGACCCUGAGCGAAACGAUUGCACCAAAAAGACUCCGAAAAAUGACAAGGAUGCCCGUAUCAACAUCAAGAUCUUCCUAGGACAAACGGUUCAGCAGGAUUCGUCCGACAAUGGUGGCAUCAGCGAUACGGAAUGUUCCGUGAUGCAGCGUGAGGCUUGCCACCCACCACCAAACAGCCACGACCAGCAAAAACAAGCACCGCAACAGCAGCAAUGCAACCUAAAAACGGAACCGGAGAGUUCGCAACCGGAAGGAGAGAGCAAGCCCAAGUCUACGCCCUCGUCAGCGUCGUCCAACAGCGGCCGAAGUUCAUCGCUUGCUCAACGCCGAGCUCAGUUUCAGGCAAGCCGUCAGAAUCAAUCGGAAGCCACCGACCGACGGCCGCCACUGGUGCGGGCUAUGUCAGCACCGAAUCGGCCAAUAGAAGAUAACCCAAAGUUCCUACAAAACAAAAAGAAAACACGUAAAAAGAAAGUGUCGCGUGAACGAGACGAAAUCAACGAGUGCGAUGAGGAUGAAUUUGAAGAGACAGACUUGCUCAAUCUCAACUCAGCAAACAAUAGAAAUCCAGUGCUUGGUCCACGCUCUCGUUCCGUCAUAGGUGGAACGACCUGCGAUAUUGAAACCUUGGUUUCGCUGCUCAGUUCCGGUGGAAGUGAUUCCGAGAAAGAAGAUUCGACAGCCGGAGCAGAUUCGAGUAGUGUUUCGACAGCGAACUGCAACAUCAUCGGGUCAUCGCUCAAAUCCCGCGCCCCAAUGCUCAAAAAGGCUGGAAAAUCGGUUUCAUUUCAGGAAUCCGAGCUAAAGCAAUCCGCCGGUCUCAAUCGAGAUUAUUAUCCAGCAGCAUAUCGCAAGCCGCCAUCGCUGCAACCGAUUGCCAAUCGAAUCAGAAGAAGUCAACAAUUGGCAAACUCAUUGAAUGCAUUUCAUUUAAAGGAUAUCAAGAAAAGCUCUAGCGAAGAGAACAAAUCGGACGAAGACACGGGAAGUAAUCCCAGUAGCAAAGAAAAAGAUAAGGAAAAGAGUCCCGGUGCACCACAACAAGUACAGAAACCUCCUAUCGAGAGUUCCGGUCAGGAUUUAGUCGAUGGCCAAACACCGAAGGAACGCGAAUGCUAUCGGCUGUUCCAGAAGAUGUCGAACAUGGGUCUGUCGGUUUCGUACGACACGAUUCUACGCGGCAUGCUAACUCCAACGGAACUUCGCGUUCUGCAGAAACAGCGUUCCAAGCUACAGAAACAGCAGGAAUCCCGACAGAGCAGUAGCGAGACAGACAAUGUUGACGGUGAUUUCAACGAAAACAAUUCAAAUAACGCGAACAGCACGAAUGAAUGCGAAAUAAUGGAGCUGGAGAUCAGUAACGAUCAAGCUGUUGGCGAACUUCAGCAGGUUGAUGUGGUAGGACAGUAGAUCCGUGCCGAGUAGAACCAUGAUAGAAGCUAUGAAUUAGGCAACUCUUUGUUUAGGUUUCUUGCUGCACUCUACUGGAUUUGGUUUAGCCAACAAACUGUGAUAGAUGCUAAGAAAGAUACAAACAAAAAAAACACUGUACCGAAAAGAAAACGCUUUAUUUUGCUGAAAGCAAAUUAGAAUGGUUGAAAUGCACCUAUUACUUAAACGCACUAAUUCUAGGAAGAAAUUUUAUCGAUGUUGGCAAGUUAUAGAGUUAAUCAAUAUAAUUAAUGAUAUCAGUAGCAGUUAUUUUACAGACACAUACGUACGCAGUUAAAUUUGGUUGUUGUUUUCGUAAGACACAUAGAAAUUGUUUGCUGAAAUAUUUUAGAAAAAUAAAUUGCGAUUGUAUGAAUUAUUACAGCAAAAUUUGAGUAUUACUCUGUUUGAAGUGGUUUCCGUGAAUGCUGUCAGUUCUCUCAUCACAUUGUAGUAUGAGAGAUCCCCGGAAUAAAAUGAAUGUCAAGAGUGCCACAUGGUACACGACAACUGCUUCAAACCUCAAAGGACCAUUGUAUGAGACUCAAUUAAUACGUUUGAAGCUGAUGUUGAAGAAAAAUUAAACAUAAUAUGAGACCAGACGUGAGUCCGUAAUCUUUCCUCCCGACAACGCUCGACCAAAUGCUGUGACAUCAGUCAAAACCUGCUUGAAUAAUAGUAGAUGGAAAAUUUUACCUCAUCCGCCCCUUACAGUCUAGACUAGCCAAAAUGGAAGGAAUAAGUGAAAAAGCCGUGCGAAAUGCAAUCAGGAAGUUCGGUGAGGAUAAACCGAAAACGGGUCGAAAAAACGGUCCUGCUAACCCUCAGUUGGAUAAACGUAUACUGAAGGCGUUCGAGCAAAAGAAGGAGGUUUAAGUUCGGGAUGUGGCCAAAAAAGUGGCACUUCGAAGUAAAAUGUUCUUCGUGCUAAAGAUUGGUUUGAAUCUUCCAACCUAUAAGAAUCAAAAACCACCAAAACGUAGUCCGAAACAAGAAGCAUCGAUCUGGCCGAGGAUUCGAAAGCUGUACAAUACGAUUCUUGCUGGAUAUUUGAACUGCAUAAUCAUGGACGACGAAACCCAUGUGAAACUCGAUUACAAAUCCUUGCCGGGACCACCAUAUUAUACGGUGCGAGAAGGGCAAGUGUUAAACCAGUCCGAGACAUCGAUUGAAGUCGAAAAAUUUGGUAAGAAAGCUAUGGUCUGGCAAGCAAUUUGUAGCUGUGGUAAGAUUUCGAAACCCUUCAUCACCAUUGCUUCAAUGAACAGCGAAAUAUACAUCAAGGAAUGAUUACAAAAACGACUUCUACCCAUGAUCCGGAUCCUGUUGUCUUCUGGCCAGAUCUUGCUUCUUGCCACUACUCGAAAUCAACGGUAGAAUGGUAUACUACCAAAAAUGUCACUUUCGUCCCAAAAGACCAAAUUGCCCAUAACUUCGACCAAUUGAGGAAUUUUGGGCAUUAACGAACAUCUUAGGAAACAUGUCUCGGCAGCCGAAACCAUUCAACAGUUCGAAAAAUAUUGGAAAAAAGUGUCAAAACUUGGCGCCAAGAAGUCUGCACGGAAUUUAAUGAGGAACGUUCGCAAGAAGGUGCGCCAGCUAGUCUACAAUGGCUAAGUAGCAAAUGUUGAGAAUAAUAUUCUGUUGUUGUAGUCUUAUAU